CAUUUCAGGUAGCAUUGUCUCUGAUGGACAUUUCAUGCAACUCUGAUUUCAAUCAACUUAACUUUUCUUUUGUGCAGGAAUAUCAGAUGAUGACGAACUUUCCUACACUCGAAGAGCUCAAUGAUAUUCUCUCUUUACCAUCUCUACAGACCAUGGAGCCCCAACUCUACAGCCAUCAGUCUCCAGUAGUAACCACGUUGAACGCAGAAGCUGCGCAACAACUCAAACAUAGAAGCUACAUGAAUACUACUACUAACCAAUGCUCAAGCGGGUUUGGUGAAUAUGGGGUUAUGGGAGACUUGCAGCCCAAGAAAGAGUCUACUCUAUUGGCUCAGAGGAAAAUGUCACGUGGGGUUUCACAAGCAAGAGACCACAUAAUGGCUGAACGAAGGCGCAGAGAGAAGCUGAGUCAACGCUUCAUUGCUUUAUCUACCAUCGUCCCUGGACUCAAGAAGACGGACAAGGCGUCAGUGCUUGGGGGCACAAUAAAGUAUCUGAAGCAUUUGCAAGGUAGAGUAAGUUUUCUUGAGGAGCAAGCCAGUCAGAAAACCAUUGAGUCAGUAGUGUAUUUGAACAAGUCGAGGCUCUCUGUUGCUGAUAAAGAGCUAGAUUGUAUUGCGUUACCGGAGAUCGAAGCUAGAUCGUCUGGUAAAAAUGUUCUGAUAAGAGUUCACUGUGAAAGAAGGAAGGGGGUUGUUGAGAUCACUAUGGCUGCAGUUGAAAAGCUUAGCCUGACCGUGAUAAACAGCAGUGUCAUCACGUUUGGAUCCAAUUCCAUUCAUCUCACCAUUAUUUCUCAGAUGGGCGAGGGAUUCAACAUUACACCAAAGGAUGUUGCCACGAGCAUCAAAUCAAGCCUCGAAGCUUUUAUGAAUGCCAAUCUCAUCUAAGGAAAUAAUAUAAUUACAAGAAAAUUAUAUAGAAGUAUAUAAAACUAAGAUGGACGAUAUCUUACAAAUUGGAAGCUCCGGUAUAUUUCACCACUACAAGAAGACCUUUUUCUCCCAAACUCUUUUAUCUUCUCGCAGUUGGAUUUUUUGGAGGGUUUUCUUUUUACCCCUUUUCCUUUUAAGACUUCAAAACACAAAUAAGAAGAAGAAUGCCUAUUUUUGCAUGGGGUUUAAUAGAAAAAGACCCCAUGUUUUAAAUCUUCUUCUUCUUAAUCUGGUUUUGAAGUAUUUCACCUUAGUGCGGGAAUUGUAUUCAUUAUCUUGUGGAGAUGUGUUGUUUGUAGAGUGGACUUCAAUGGAACUUUGUUUUUUUUUUUGAAA